UAUAUAAUAGGUCACAGUCACCGUUGAGUAGAAGCAGAAGCGAGUCAAAUACACCAUAAAAGACCCAAUUUUCCACGCUUCUCUGCUUGCCUCCUUAAAAACCUCUAAAUUCAAUUUCCUAAUUACACAUUCAAUUUCCACAUUUAAGGAAAAAAAUGCUAAUCAAAACCCUCAAUCAUCAUUCUUUUUCUUCUUUAAUUUCCCUUCAAAACCCUAAUUUUAAAAAGCAUAAUCAUUGUUUAAUUACCUUUAAUAAACCACCACCUCUGCAUUUACCAAGUUUGCAUCUUUCUGCACUAAAGUAUCAAAGAAAUGGGCUUAUAAGUAAUUGCAUUAGCUCAAGUAAAGAUGUAGUUUACGAUAGUGAUAAUAAUCAGGGAAUUGAGAGUGGAAAUGACGGUAACAUUGCCCAAUUUCAAGAACAAGAAGUGGAGAUUGAAAGAGACGGUUUGGAGAAUCAGAGCAUAUGGAAGCAAAUGAAAGAGAUUGUAAUGUUUACAGGGCCGGCUACUGGGCUUUGGUUAUGUGGGCCAUUGAUGAGUUUAAUUGAUACUGCUGUUAUUGGUCAGGGAAGCUCCAUUGAGCUUGCUGCUCUAGGACCUGGGACUGUGGUUUGUGAUUAUAUGAGUUAUGUGUUCAUGUUCCUUUCAGUUGCUACUUCAAACUUGGUUGCUACUUCCCUUGCCAGACGGAAUAAAAAUGAAGUUCAGCAUCAAAUAUCUAUUCUUCUUUUUGUUGGGUUGGCUUGUGGCGUCUUCAUGUUUUUGUUUACGAGAUUCUUUGGUUCAUGGGCAUUAACUGCUUUUACAGGACCAAAACAUGUACAUAUCGUACCUGCAGCAAAUACAUACGUUCAGAUUCGAGGCUUGGCAUGGCCUGCAGUUAUUGUUGGAUGGGUCGCUCAAAGUGCAAGUCUUGGCAUGAAAGAUUCCUGGGGACCUCUGAAGGCUUUGGCAGUUUCUAGCAUUGUAAAUGGAGUUGGCGAUGUAGUCCUUUGCAGCUUUAUGGGUUAUGGGAUUGCUGGUGCUGCAUGGGCAACAAUGGUGUCUCAAGUUAUUGCAGCCUAUAUGAUGAUUGAAGCUCUGAAUAAGAAAGGAUACAAUGCAUUUGCUGUCACUAUUCCAACACUUGAUGAACUUUUGUCAAUAGUUGGAAUUGCAGCUCCAGUGUUUAUAACAAUGAUGUCAAAGGUGGCCUUCUAUUCUCUACUUAUAUAUUUUGCUACAUCUAUGGGUACGCAUUCUGUGGCUGCUCAUCAGGUCAUGAUUCAAACAUAUAGCAUGUGUACAGUAUGGGGUGAGCCUCUUUCUCAAACAGCACAAUCAUUUAUGCCUGAGUUGCUAUAUGGUGCUAAUCGAAGCUUGGCAAAGGCGAGGACGUUGUUAAAGUCACUUGUGAUAAUUGGAGCUACACUUGGAUUGGUUUUGGGGACUAUCGGAACAUCUGUUCCUUGGUUGUUUCCCAAUCUCUUUACACCUGAUCAAAACAUCAUACAAGAGAUGCACAAAGUGCUAUUGCCGUACAUCAUGGCAUUGGCUGUGACACCUAGCACGCACAGCCUUGAAGGGACAUUGAUGGCUGGGCGUGAUCUCAAAUUUCUUAGCUUGUCAAUGACUGGAUGUUUUGCUUUCGGUGGUCUUGUAUUGAUGCUUAUAUGCAGCAGAGGAUAUGGUUUGGCUGGCUGUUGGUACGCACUAGUAGGAUUUCAAUGGUCACGAUUCUUUCUUGCUCUCCAACGACUGCUUUCUCCUGAUGGUGUAUUAUAUUCUGAAGAUUUAAGCCGCUAUAAAAUUGAGAAGCUGAAAGCUACUUAGCUUAGUACAUCAGAGAACAAUACAAGAAUCACAGGGUGUUACAUGGUGUUCAAUUCUUAGGAUCUGAACUGCAAAAUCAGCACACAAACAUGUUCUAUCUUCCAGACAUCAAAUCACAUUACUUUUUGCAAUGUAGAUUAGGCUGGCAAUGUAACAACCUUACCUCAAGCUGCAAUAUGUUUUUCUUCACAGUUGAAGAUGCUUACUUUGUAUUUGUUGUAAUUAUAUUUUACUCUAUAUUAAUCAAGGAUGAUUUCUCA